AUGGCGCUCGACACCUUCGUCCCCGUGGCGCCCGGCUCCGACUUCCCCCUUGAAAACUUGCCCUUCGGGGUGUUCUCUCGUCGGCGCCAAUCUGGGGGCGAUCCUUCCUGUUGCUGCGGCCGCGUCGGCGUUGCACUGGGGGAGCAUGUCGUAGACCUGGGGACGCUGUCCGAGGCUGGCGCCUUCACUGGACCCAUGCUGUCCGGCGCGGACUGCUUUCGUAAGGGCUCCCUGAACGAAUUCAUGGCCCUUGGUUACGCGGCCUGGCAAGAGGCCCGAACUACUCUGACUCGGCUGCUCAGCUCAGCAGAGGGUGUGCUGAGGGAUGAUCGCACACUGCAGGAGAAAAUUCUCAUCCCACAGAGCGAAGUUACAAUGCAUCUGCCAGCGCGAAUUGGGGAUUACACAGACUUUUAUGCUUCCAAGGAGCAUGCAACAAAUGUGGGAACUAUAUUCCGUGGAAAGGAUAAUGCCCUGCAGCCCAACUGGUGCCACUUGCCAGUGGCUUACCACGGACGAGCAUCAUCCAUUGUGCCAUCAGGCACUGAUGUGAAGAGACCAAGGGGCCAGACACUGAAGCCCGGAAGCACCCAGCCACACUUUGUGCCAAGCGCUGUUGUGGACUUUGAGUUGGAAAUGGGAGCCUUCGUUGGUCCUGGCAAUCAGCUUGGGAGCCCUAUACCCAUCGAAUCUGCCAAAGAGCACAUUUUUGGUAUCGUCCUGCUGAACGACUGGAGCGCAAGAGACAUACAGAAAUGGGAGUAUGUGCCGCUUGGUCCAUUCAACGGCAAGAACUGGGCCACCACAGUCUCGCCUUGGGUUGUCACGUUGGACGCCUUGGAGCCCUUUGAGUGUCCAGCGCCGGUCCAGGAGCCCCCCGUGCUCCCUUACUUGCGGGAGCAGCACCGGACAACGUACGACGUCCAGCUGGAAGUUCAGAUUCAGCCUCGCGAUUCCUCAGAGGCCGCGGCAGUGUCAGCGUCCAAUCUGAGACACCUGUAUUGGACAUUUCCGCAGAUGGUGGCCCACCACACGAGCUCCGGUUGCAACCUGAGACCAGGGGACUUGCUUGGAACGGGCACCAUCAGUUGCGAGGACGGACCAGGGAGCCUGCUGGAGCUGUCUUGGGCCGGGCAGCGCCAAAUUGCCUUCGAAUGCGGUGGCUCCACCCACAACAGGUGUUACCUCAUGGACGGUGACACGGUCAUCUUGAAGGGGCACUGCGCAGGCCCCAACGGCCGUAGAAUUGGGUUUGGAGAGUGCAGGGGUCGUGUUCUGCCCGAUGAUUCACAAUGCUGA